AUGGCAAGUACAUUGGCCAAGCAAUUGCAACACCUUCGAGAGACUGGUGCUGGGAGUAAACGUCGUACGGACACAUUUCUCUAUGAUCAACGAGAAGCAUCACGUUUUGAUAAUGAAACCAUUUAUAAUUUAGCAUGGAAUGGAUUGCUCGAACUAAAACAAUUGGAUGGUCAAUUUCAAGCACUGGAUAAUGACGUUGCCGUGUCAAAACUCUUUAGUCGGGAACGGAUUCACUUUCAUCGGACACAGAGCUUGAAAAAGGAUGAGAUUGAGCUCAAUGCAGCACUAAACAAGGUCCUGGAUGCACUCAGUGCGUACUUUUUACUUGAUGCGACCCACAAAGUCCUCGAAUUUCUCGUGCGUCGGUAUGAGAUUCAUCGGUAUAAUAUUGACGCUAUUAUGGCCAUGAUCAUGGCGUACCAUGAAUCGGGAUGGUUUGUACGGAUGGUUCGCAUUUUGCACAUUCAUGACACGCGAUGGGAAUUUCUAUUACCAGUCAAGACUCAAGGCACGCCAUUGCUUCGAGCAGCACUUGUUCAACGUGUGAUUGACGAGUUUUCAGUGAUUGAAUUUGUAUUUGAUUCAGCCACGAGAAUUGGAGCUCGGAAUUCAAAGCUCACGUCAUUGUACACACUCAUUGUGCUUCAGGUUCUAGAGCAAAGCAAAGUGACAGAGCAGAGACUAAGGUGGCUCGUUCCACAGCUGUUGACAGCACUCCAAAGUACUAAAUUUCCAGAAUUGCAAUCUUCAGCUUAUAUGAUUGUGACGAAACUGGCGUCCAAAGCGACGUUGACGGUGAAAGUAGUGGAUGCAUUGGUCAAAGCGCUAGUGAAAUUUGCACAGUCAGGUGCUCAGAUGAACGCAUUGUUGUGUGUGAUUUUUUUAGCACAGACGCAGCCGUCGUUUCGGUUAUCGAUUACAACAGGAAAAUACUUGGUACAUAUGGAGAACGCGGCCGAUUUCUUGCGUGACGCGACGAUGAAUUAUGAAUCGGCCAAGUUUGUGCAAAUACUGACAGUCUUUUUGACACAAAACAUGGAGUCUACAGACGACGACCAUUUCCGUUUAUUGACGUCACUGAUUGAGAACGUCUCGGUGGUUGAUGAAUUUACAGACGAGCUGGUCAAGACGAUGGUAACACAGGCUCAAGAAGAGGCAUUUGCAAUGGAUAAUGCGCGCGUACAGGCGAUUUCACAGGGUCUCGUUGCUCUUAGUAAAAAGAAUGCGGCACAGGUGGACGUCGUGAUUAGCAGUUUGCUGUCAAAGCAGACGAAGAAGUCGAAGCAAGACAAGAAAUUGAACCAAUUCUUAACAAAAACUUUUGAGAACGUGGCUAAUUCGGCGCACUUUGUGCCAUCGAACACCGACGCGAACACAUCACUAGCCCUCGCCCUGGAUCACCCGACUGAACACAUCCGAUACCAGGCUUUAGAAUUAUUAGCAAAGAUGAAUGAUGCGAACGCAGAAAUGGCGACGAAAGACAAGGUUCGGGUACUUACAAGCGGUGAUGUGCUUCUGCGUCGGAUGCUAGACGAUAGCAAGCGUAUUGCAAACUUCAUGGUUUCGACAUCUCUCGGCGAUUUAAUGCUAAGUUUGAGCGCCAAGAAAAAAGUGCUUGAAGCGCUUGUCCAGACAGUGCGCAAGUGGGUUUGCCGUGGAGAGGCUUCCAUCGUUGAGGCUGUUGUUGGUUUCAUACUGAACAGCUUUCGCAAGACGGCUGCAUCCAUAGACACUGACGAGAAAUUGCUGACUUUGUUUGUUUCGCUGGUGCAUACGAAAGACGUUGUUUCUGUGGAUACAGUUUGGGCUUGGAUAGCUACGCUUGAUCACCCGUUUGGUAUGAGCGCUUCUAAAUCAUCGAACAAAAAAAGCAAGACUGCCACCGAUUUGGCCGAAACUUUUGGGUGUGCUCUUUCUGCUGACGUUCCGGGAUUACUGCCGUAUUGCCUGCGUUGGUCUCAGACGUCGGAAUGUAAUGAUGAUCCUCUUACGGGUUUUCUAAUCGAUGUUUUGUCUACGGCCAGUGCUCUGCAAGCGGCGAAGAAGUCGAAGUCAAAAAAGGCAAAGACGCAUUUGGUUUCAUUGAAUCAAUCCUAUCGAUUAAUUCUUAAGAAGGAAUUUGUGUCGCUGUGUGACGAUGGCGUGUAUAAAGAAGAACUUACGCGCACCAUACGCGUUGCGUCAAAGUUGGCUGAGGCUGCAUACGCCAUGUUUGCUGAAUCCCGUGACGAUUUUGAUGCUUGCGUCGCUACUUUGCUGCAUUCUCCGACCCCCGUAUUUAUUCGCAUUCAAGAGUGCCUGCUCGAGUUAUUUCACGGCGACCUAGCGAAUCAACUGUUGCCAACAAUGGCUCGAAUUGUGACAAAGCCUGCUUCCGCGAAUGAUUUUUUGAGAGUCCUGGCUAAAACGCGCUCUCUGGAUAUUAUUUCUGCGGUGCUCGAAGGAUAUUCAUAUGCCGAGUCGGAAGUGGAGCUGCGGUCUCUAGUCCAUGUCGUUCCUGUUGUCAUCGUGGCGCUCUCGGACCUCAGCAAGGCAGUGCGUCAAUCUGCAGCUACGUGCCUUGACCGCUGGGUUGUAUCAUGUGGUGACACAGUGCGAUCUUCAGAGUCGACAGAUUUGAAAGUACUCCAGAAGGCAUCAUCAUUUUUCCUUAAUGCUAAGGAGGACAUAUUGAUGGAUGCCAAUUCAGUAAUAGCGCUUUGUGGCUCGUUCAGUGCUCAAGAAGAAAGCUCAUUGUUUCACCAGCUGCUGAUGAACUUUGUGUCUUCUGCUAGCAGUGACGAAAUGUGCAUUGCAGUAAAAUUUCUCGACCUACUGGCCCCUGUGAAAGAAACUUCGUUCUGGCUGCAAUCUGUCGAUUUUUUUCAGCAGACUCUUUCUGGGUGUUCAACGUCAGGUGCUGGUGAGUCUACUUUAAAGUUGCUGACGGGGUUCCUCACGCACUACUUGGACCCAAGCGUUGCUAUAACAACCACGAAACAAGGAAAGAGUACGAUUUCGAAGGAGUUUGCAGUAGCCAUGAUGGCUGUUUUGCGUGCUGAAAAGGGUCUCCACUCACACUUACAGAAACUGCAGAUCUAUUUGGCGGCAAACCUUUCAGUAAGUUUCUACGAGGCUCUCGAUGAUGUGUCUCGCCAUAUGUUCGUCGAUAAGAUGCUGCGAUUGUUGAUGGUUGCAGAGGAAGCUGUUGCUUCGAAGCUGAUUCAAUGCCUGAACACUUUACCUAUCGGCUACAGUAUUUUUGAGCGAUUGCUGGAGGAACAGAUUGCAUCUGUAGUAGAGUUUUCCGAACUGAGCUGCAUUCUUGAGGUUCUCGCUAUCAAGGUCGACAGCGCUUCGAGCUGCGCGGAAGCAGACGUUGAUAUUAGCAAGCUUCUCGCGACUUUGUGCAACGUGCUAGCUCUGUUUUGUGACUCAAAGCACGAAGGCGUUGUAUCGGAGUACAUCUUGCAGGUUCUGUUUAGCUGCUUGCGUCGUGUUUGCGACAUCAGAUCUUCGACUUCCAAGCAAGUUAAUGGACGUUUGGCAAAGGGUACAGAGCCCACGAAGACGACAUUGAAGCCGCAGCUUCUUGUUAAGCACACGCUUACGUGCUUGGGUCGGACUUCAUCCCCUCAGACGCGCAAUGAAGGUCUACUCUUUAUUAGCUCGCUGGUAAAUUUGCAUCCGGCAAGUGUGCUUGCAUCGCUGGACAAGAUUCUGAGCUUCGUCAGUGCUGGCUCCAUUCGCCACGAAGAUGAGUAUUCUUUCCACGUCCUUGAGACAAUCAUCAAGGCAGUCGUUCCGCACAUUGUGGCAGCCAGAAAGCAAGAAGCAGGGGCAUUGAUGACCCCGCAGCGCUUUAUCGGUCUCUUUGUGGAUGCUUUUGACCAGAUUCCCAAGAGCAAGCGUGAUGUUCUGUUCCAGGUUGUGGUUGGAUUUUUGGGAAAGGAACUUCUGCCGUAUUGUGCCGUGGCGCUACUGCAGCACGCUGCUCUUGUGAAUGAUAUGGACAACCAACGCGAGCGCAUUCAAUUCGCACACAACCUUUGCUUCAAGUUCGAGUGCUCGGAACAAGUGUCAUCGCUUGUAAUGAUUCUCCGUAUAACGCGCGAUAUUUUGCCUCACGUGGUAAAAGAGGCUGAUACGGAUACAGACGAAAUUGACGAGGACGACGAUAACGACGAUGUGGAGUAUGAAAGCUUUGUUUUUGAUGAUCGGUUGGUGCAAUCGAAUGCGCUUUCUCGUCGACUAAACUCGAUCCUUCUUAAGUUCGUUGCUGCACACUUGCGUGCCCGUGAGUUACACCACAAGAUUUUGAGCUACGAAAGUGAACGUGACCAGAGGAACGAAGCGGAUAGUGAGGGUGACGUCUUGCAGCACAAUUAUCUGAUGCUCGCGCAACUUGAUUUGUUGUACUUCCGCCGAGUUGCUCGAGAACAGUCGUUGCAUGACGAUGAUAGCGGUUUUUGGACGGCCUUGGCUGCAGAUUCAAUGGACAUCCUUGGCGCACUUCAGCAGCUUUUAUCGACGCCUGGUUUCGUUGCAGUCAUCAGCGAACUGCUUCACCAUGACAACAGCUUGGUACGCAAAAAAGCGAUGCAGCUUUUCAACGAGCGUCUACAAGAGGAGCGCGAUACACUUUCCCCAGGCGAAGCUUUGUUGUUUAUCGACAUGCUGGAUGAGCUGGAUACUAUUCUCCAGAACCCAGAAGGUGCUGAGAACAGCGUGAACAUUCAGACCGCACUACUCAGCGUUGAUAUUUUGGCACGCAACUUCGCUGCUAAUCAUACCAAGCGCUUCCAGCAAAUUCUUCCUACUGUCGUGAAGUAUGUGGACCGAGACGUCGCCAAUUCUUCCCCCAUGACGCUGCACCUGUUUGGAUGUGCGUUUGUGUGCUUGUCCUCAAUUGGACGUGCAGUUGGCACGGUUGUUUUCCCGCUCUUGCCAAAGUUUUUCCCUCGGCUAUUGAGUGGAAUCAAGUAUUGUUCGUCAACCAAUGGAGUCGGCAGCACGAAGGCGGUGUUGCAGUGUCUGCUAGCAGCAUUGGAGGUGUUUACCGACAAGAUUUCUCAGUUUUUGGGACCAUACCUGUCUUCUGUCAUUCGGUCUUUGUUGACGCCUGCACUCCUUUCAUCUGCUCCGACAAAUGUAGAAGUUCUAAUGUCUGUUGAUUGCUGCUUUUUGAACCUAAGCAGUCAUGUCGAAUUGCGGCAGCUUCUUCCAACUCUGUUUGGUGCGUAUGAAUACGUGCUGGCGCUGGAGAGCGAUUCGAGUGUGACUCGAUUGUUCUCGGUCGUUGGAACCGUUGUGAACGAUUUAGACUCGUCGGCUAUUCGGAAACAUCUUCCUACGUUUGCACGCUUCUUUGUUACUGCUUUGGAUGCUCGUCGUGUGCACGCGUCGAAGCUGCAGGACCUAGAUAAUGUCGAGGAAGAGGUUCUGGAGUGUCUUGUACAGUUUAUCCUGAAGCUUAGCGAGAAGCAGCUGAAGCCGCUGUUUCUGAAGUUGGUGGAGUGGGCGCAGACGCGUGUUGGAUCAUGUGGCAAAACUGGUGAUAUCUCGCGUCGAAUUUCGUUUUUCAAGCUGGUUGUCAAGCUAUCGGAGCGUCUGCGUGGCAUCUUCGUCCCGUACUACGCACACGUGCUGGAAUUGCUGAUGUCAUCCCUUACUGAGAGUCGAAAGGUUCUGAUGCAGAAGCCACGGCGGUCAUCUGACGAUAGCGAAAGCGACGAUGACCUUUUCGCUAGUGAGAACGAGCCGCUGGCAAAGAAGGCGAAGGGUGUUUUGUCUACAACGGUAGAUGUAAAGGCAGCGCGUGAGCAUAACGCGCUGCUGCUAACCACGGUGGUGCGCGCUUUGGAUGGCUGUUUCGUGCAUGACAAUGAUGGGUUUAUCGAGAAGGACCGCUUCGAUCUUGUGCUGAACCCGCUUGUUGAUGUGCUGGACGUGCUGCAGUACGACGGAUCGAUGCGUGCGUUCGUGCUAGAGACCGUGGCGCCAUGCGUGGCUAACUUGGCGUGGGCGGCCAAGAGUGACUUGCUAUGGAAGCCGCUACAUUACGCUGUGCUAAUGAAAUCUCGUGGAGAAUCUGCUGCUGUGCGUCUUGCGGCACUGGUGACCGUGGAAAAGUGUUACCAGGUGAUUGGUGACGAGUUUUUGGCCAUGCUACCCGAGAGCAUUCCGUUCCUGGCAGAGCUCAUGGAGGACACGAACGACGAGGUGGAAAAGACGUGCCAUCGUGUAAUCAAACAGAUUGAGGACAUUUCAGGUGAGUCCUUGGACCAGUACCUCACGACCUAG